AUGGCCAUUUUUACCUCUCCCAGGUCCCUUCAGAAUGCUCACUCGCCUCUAUCGCCUCAAAUCAUGACCCAGUCCCAACCGGGACUGGGCUCCGUCAUCUUCCCAAGUGGCGCUCCCCAUUCAAAUCACCCAUCCUUCUUUCACCUCGUGCUGCUCGUCUUCGAAGCUGUCCUCGAGGUAGUCUGUGUCAGUCUCCCGGGAUACUUCGCUGCCAAGCAGGGUCUGUUCGACGCCGAUGCUCAGAAAUUGGUCGCAAACCUAAAUGUUACGCUGUUUACACCGUGUCUGAUCUUCACUAAGCUCGGAUCUCAGCUCACAGCAGAAAAGCUGACCGACCUCGCCAUCAUCCCUGCCAUCUUCGUUGUUCAAACAAUCGUGUCGUACUCGUGUGCCUUCGUCGUCUCACGAUGCUUGCGGCUCAAGAAACGACCGUCCAACUUUGUUGCGGCCAUGGCGGUCUUCGGAAACUCUAACUCGCUUCCUAUUUCUCUUGUCAUGUCCCUCUCGCAGACCCUGCAGGGCCUCCACUGGGAUCGUAUACCAAACGACAAUGAUGACGAAGUGGCGGCGCGUGGUAUUCUUUACCUUUUAAUUUUCCAGCAGUUGGGCCAACUUGUGCGCUGGAGCUGGGGCUACCACGUCUUGCUUGCUCCCAAAGAACGGUACUUGGAAGAAGGCGAACGGGGGCAGGGCGCCAACCUCAUCGGACAGGGCCAGGAACGAUACACAGACAACCCUGAACAGAUUGAUCCCGAUGAACCUCUAGUGAGGACUCGCGAGUCGGACGAUGUGACGGAGUCCUCGGGAAGCGUCGACGACGAUGCAUUCACUUCCGGGCAGGAGACGCCCGUGAGCGUGCGGGACUAUCCCUACACGAAGCUGCCGUCUCAUGGCGCCGGUGAACACGGAUCCAUCGACCCUACCGUACUUGGACCCCCUCCCCAGGGGCCAUUCCUCCCCCGCCAGAGCACUACCGGCGACAUCAUGUGUUUCCCGAAUGUGGAGGUGGCAGCUCAGGCCGAAGAAAACCAGCCCGGAGCCAUCCCGCGCAUCAAGAGGUCGGCCAACCGGGUUCGUGGUCAGAUUGCAGGCGUCUGGAACAAGGCCGCCGGCACAGUUUUCCGACGACUGCCUGUGGGCGUGCAAAAGACGCUGAAGGUUGGUUCCAACGGUGCCCGGAAAUUCGCCCACGGACUCUGGGACUUCAUGAACCCACCCCUGUGGGCUAUGCUCAUCUCGAUCAUAGUGGCGUCCGUUCCCUCGCUGCAAAGCCUGUUCUUCGAUGAGGGAACCUUCGUCCGCAACUCAGUGACGCGAGCUAUCAGCCAGAACGGCCAAGUUGCCGUACCAUUAAUCUUAGUGGUGUUGGGUGCGAAUCUCGAGCGUAACACGUUGCCAAAGGAGGCUCUCGAAGACGUCGAUCAUCCGAGGGAGGAGAAGAAGCUGAUCAUCGCUUCAUUGGUGGCGCGUAUGGUGCUGCCCACCCUCAUCAUGGCACCCAUCCUCGCGCUGCUGGCCAAGUACGUGCCGGUUAGCAUUCUGGACGACCCGAUCUUCAUCAUCGUCUGCUUCCUGCUCACGGGCGCCCCAUCGGCCCUGCAACUGGCACAGAUUUGUCAGAUCAACAACGUCUAUGUCAGCGCCAUGUCGAAACUGUUAUUCCAGAGUUAUGUGGUGUGGAUCCUACCCUCCACUCUUUUCCUUGUAAUGUGUGCCUUGGAGGUUGUCGAGUGGGCUUCUGCUUGA